AUGAACGCCUCUACAAACGCAACAACAACAUUUGUACCAUGGGAUCACAAAACUCUUCAAAUUGUGAUGUUUCUCAACAGCAAAGUACUCAUUCUUCAAAUCAUAUUCGGAUGUGGAGGAAAUAUUCUUAAUCUCAUGGUUCUGUUGAGCAGAGCUAUGAGAAGUCGAACUAAUUUGAUUUUCGCGGCAAUGGCGUUUGCUGACUUGUUCUUCCUGAUCCUACACAUUCCUUCGGUUCUUUUCUUCAUUGGAACUAUCCGAGAUGCUCCAUGGUACAGAAAUGGGUUUUCUCAAGUGAUCGCAGGAAUGCUCAAUUGGUCAUCAGCGGUCUCGAUUUGGUUCAUGAUGUACGCAACUAUUGAAAGAGUUCAAGUUUUCAGAAGUCCGUUUAGAACUUCAAAAAGAUCUGCUUCCACUCGAUUCUUCAUCACUCUGUUCUCCAUCGCCUUCUUCUGUCUUUUACUUACGAUUGUUCACUUUAUCCACCCGAAAACACGUGCAGCUAACAAAUAUGCUCGUUAUGUCGUGUACAUCCAUAUGAUCUUUGUGGUGAUCAUUCCAAUGUUUCUAUCAACAUCUCUAAACAUUCUUCUUGUAUGUGCACUUCGGAAAAACUCAAUGCCGUUAAGAAUGCUAAAUGAUUCACACGUGCAUCAAAGUCUGAUCGUGCAAAGAACACGGACAGAGAGAAAGGUGACUGCAAUGGUUACAGUAAUCCUUAGCUCCUUCAUUGCUUGCAAUGUCCCAGGAUCUAUUGUAUUUGUGAUGAAAGAAAGCGAUGACACUUUCGACGAUAGCCGUCGACACAUCCUCAUGCAAGCAGUCUGCAAUUCAUUGGCUGUCACGGGAAAAGUCCUCAACUUCCUUCUCUUCUGUCUUUCUUCAGAGCAUUUCCGUGCUCUUUUAAAGAAAAGGUUGUGCUACCUAUUUCAUCUCCACCAUGACUCUUCACGCCGUCAUAAUAUGAGUACAACUGCCACAAAGACAUUCAGUGUACCGUUGAAUGAUUUGUGACUACUAUUUAAAUGUUGUUAGUUUUUUCCACGUUUAGAUAUCCUGUAUCAUUGAAUGUAAAUACACUUGCCGCCAAUACUUGCCACGUGUUCUUCUUGUUGAUCUAUUCAAUUUCCUGUUUCACCUGUCUAGAACCUUUUACUGUCUCCCCGGUUUUUGUUUUCAGCCACUGUGAAUCUCUUCGCCCGACCUUCCACAAUCUCAUAGAUCAAUUUUGUGAUCUCGUUAAUUUAUAACGUGAACUGUAGUACAAUUUUUGCAAUAAACUAAUUUGCUCA